AUGGCGCUAGUCACCAACGUCGGCAAAUAUUUGAAGUCUGAAGGAUCGAUAACACGCAGCUACGAAACCAAAAGCUACACAAUCUGCCAUAUGGCGGACGAAAUGCAGUGUCGGCUGAGCGAGGAAAUCUUCUGCCGAAUGGAUAGAGGAUACUAUUACACCGGCCGGGGCUCCAACAUCGCAAAAGCUGGUUCGGCGAGCUCUGGUGACUUGGGUGAAACCAAUUUCCGCAAUGGCACCGAGCAAUGGGCAGCGUGUAUCGACUGGCGAAUGAGACACACAACUUAUCUUGACAACAUAACACAAGAGAUGAACGUGGACUUGCCAAAGUACCAACAAGAAGUCCAGCGACUCGUGGGGGCCCAGGCAGAGCGCCAGCUGCCCAAUGAAAAGAUCGCCACUGCGACUACUGACAUGAACCGUGAGCAUGAGCAAGUACUACGUACGGUGAGCGACAAUGGCGACCGGCGGCUUGUCUAUGGCUCUGCAUACGCGGCGAUCGAACGGAUAAUAUUGGACGAGUCUGAGAAGAUCAAGCGCGAGCUGGACGAGGAAGACGAAGUUCUUGUUGAGGCGUCGUUUGUGGUGUGA